CCGGUGUAUAAUGGGUUAUCAGAACGUUGAUAUUGCAUUUGCCUCUCACCGCCCAAAUUCCACUACAGCACCCAACUAGACAAAAACACUUCGGCACUUCCAUCUACAAAAGGACGAAAUUUGAUAGUUCUUAAAAACCCACCAACUAUUUAUUAUCACCCCCACCCUUCUGUUGCUCCUUCCUCAGCUUUGCUUUCUUGCUUGAACUAGCUUCUCUCCCUUUUCCAAGGGUUCUUAGAGUUGCAAUUAUACAUUAUUUCUGUUAAAUUGUGAUUUAAAAGGCUAAAUUGGGAAUUUGGUUUUGGAGAAAUGACUUUGUACGGGAGUGUUUCUGCAUUGAAUUUAAAUUGGCAUUGUGGUACCUUAGCUGGUAGAAAAUUGCAAUCCUCCUUGAGAUGUGAUUAUCCUAGCAGUUCCAAGCAAACCAAUGCACUAGCUUUUAGAGGUAGUGAAUCAAUGGGCCAUGCUUUGAGAAUACCAUAUGGGAUUGCUACUAAGACAAGGACUGCUAGCAGAUCUUUGCAGGUAGUUUGUGUGGACUAUCCUAGACCUGACAUUGAUAACACGGUGAAUUUCUUGGAAGCUGCAUACUUAUCAGCAUCCUUCCGCAAUUCUCCCCGUCCAGCUAAACCAUUGAAAGUUGUGAUUGCUGGGGCAGGGUUGGCUGGUUUAUCAACUGCGAAAUAUUUGGCAGAUGCAGGGCACAAGCCCGUACUACUUGAGGCAAGAGAAGUCCUGGGUGGAAAGGUGGCUGCGUGGAAAGAUGAUGAUGGGGACUGGUAUGAAACAGGCUUGCAUAUAUUCUUUGGAGCAUACCCCAAUAUUCAGAACCUGUUUGGAGAGCUUGGUAUAAACGACAGAUUGCAGUGGAAGGAACAUUCUAUGAUAUUUGCGAUGCCAAAUAAGCCAGGAGAGUUCAGUCGAUUUGAUUUUGCUGAAGUUCUUCCUGCACCGAUAAAUGGGAUAUGGGCAAUUUUAAAAAACAAUGAGAUGCUGACCUGGCCUGAGAAAGUGAAAUUUGCAAUUGGACUCCUGCCAGCAAUGCUUGGUGGACAGGCUUAUGUGGAGGCUCAGGAUGGUUUGACAGUUCAAGAUUGGAUGAGAAAGCAGGGAGUUCCUGAUCGAGUAACUAAAGAGGUGUUUAUUGCCAUGUCAAAGGCACUUAACUUUAUUAAUCCAGAUGAACUUUCGAUGCAGUGUAUUUUGAUAGCAUUGAACCGAUUUCUUCAGGAGAAACAUGGUUCAAAGAUGGCUUUCUUAGAUGGAAAUCCCCCAGAGAGGCUUUGCAUGCCAAUUGUUGAUCAUAUUCAGUCAUUGGGUGGUGAAGUCCGGCUAAAUUCACGAAUAAAGAAAAUUGAGUUAAAUAAUGAUGGAACAGUGAAAAGAUUUUUACUAAAUAGCGGGGAGACGAUUGAAGGAGAUGUUUAUGUGUUUGCUACUCCAGUUGACAUCCUGAAGCUUCUUUUGCCUGACGACUGGAAAGAGAUUCCUUACUUCAAGAAAUUGGAGAAAUUAGUUGGUGUUCCUGUUAUUAAUGUUCACAUAUGGUUCGACAGGAAACUAAAAAAUACAUAUGACCACCUACUUUUCAGCAGAAGUCCCCUUCUUAGCGUUUAUGCUGACAUGUCUGUAACAUGUAAGGAAUAUUAUAAUCCAAAUCAAUCCAUGCUGGAGUUGGUUUUUGCACCUGCAGAAGAAUGGAUCUCUUGCAGUGACUCGGAAAUCAUUGAUGCUACAAUGAGGGAACUUUCGAAACUCUUUCCUGAUGAAAUAUCUGCUGAUCAGAGCAAAGCAAAGAUUGUGAAAUAUCAUGUUGUUAAAACUCCAAGAUCUGUUUACAAGACGGUUCCAAAUUGUGAACCUUGCCGUCCCUUACAGAGAUCUCCUAUAGAGGGCUUCUAUUUAGCUGGGGACUACACAAAGCAAAAAUAUUUGGCUUCAAUGGAGGGCGCUGUCCUAUCUGGGAAGCUUUGUACGCAGUCAAUAGUACAGGAUUAUGAGUUGCUUGUUGCACGGGAGCAAAGGAAGUUGGCCGAGGCAACUAUUAGUUAACAAAGGAAAACCUUUGCUACUUAUUAAAUGUUUGAAUAAUCUAAAGGUGAAUUAGGGAUUGCUAGUCAUAACAAUAUUCCACAAGUUGUUCAUAUAUAUGAUACAGUUUGUAAAGCACAUAAAAUGUCAAUCUAUUUGGGAUUUUUGCUAUCAAGUGAAUGGGAUUGGCAAUCUGAGAUCCCUGGAAGCACAAGUAAGAGCUAAAAACACAAAGGGCAUAAAAGCUCCAACUAAUAGAUGUUCUAUUUUCGGAAGAAAAUAGUGAAAUGUAGCCAUAAUGAAAGCUGUUGUUUAAUGGAGUUGGGAGAAAGGAAACUGUUAAAGUUUUAGCUUUGAGGAUGUAGUCAGGUAAUCGUAUACAAGUUUUGCUUGUCGUAGUGCUGUUUAUUGAAUAUUGAAUGGCUUUAAUUUAUUUAUUCUCUA